CUCAGAGCCCUGGCACCAGUAGCCACCCACAGGCAUAAAGGUCUGACCCUGGCUUCCAGCAGCCUCGUUAUCCCUGCAGACUGACCCCACCAGCCCUUCCAGUCCCAAGCGUCCCCAAAUCCGCCUCCCCCGAGUUCUUCACCACCAGACCUGGGGCCUUUUCCCCUCUGGUUCCUCACCCCAAAGGCCUGAAACCAGCCCCCAGUUCUCAGUCACUUUGGGACACACCCCACACCGUUUGCACACUAGAGACCCAUCAUUUGUCUCUCCCGGGGUUGUACAAUGCGAGGGGCUGGGUCAGUCUUGUCUGGCUGGGGAGGCAGCUCCUCCCUGCCUGGCUGGCCACCACCCUGCUGGGAUGGGGAGGUGAAGCUUUAGGAACCAGCUCUCUGCAAAGAUGAUACACAAAUCCCUAAGCACAGUCUGGAUCCAUCUCGCACUGGGAUUAGUAAAUUCAGAACAUCACAGGCUUUCAGAAAAGACCUCACUCAACGUUACUAUACACAAUAACAUUGUGCACAAUCAGUUGAUUCUGUUGCUUAUUCUUUGGGGUUCAGCCCCCCUGUUCUGCCCUUGGGGUGUCUGGACAGUGUGACACAUGGUACAGGGGGCAGUAUAUGAACCUAGAUAUUAGUGGGGCAGUAGCUCUACAAUAGUUAACGGUUGAACCUCUCUUACUGUUUAACAGCUGAUUUUUCUAAGUGCUCUAAAAUUGCACACCCUGUUCCCAAACCCCAUGGUGUGGUUAACUGUUUGGAACAGCUCAGGCUGUUCUCUCUCCGGUGUUGUACCUGUAUGAUGCUCUGAACACUACAAAUACCUGUAGAACUCACUCCAAAUAGGUUUCCUGUCAGAAUUUGCUGACCAGGCGCCUUUCCUCCCCUCCCCUCAAACACUGGCACACACAGAAACUGAAAUCUGCUUCCAGCUGGUAGAAGCACUUAUCUGAUGUAGAAGAACCACAUAAACCCAGAGCUGUUCUGAGAAAUCCCCAGGAGCCUGAGAGACAGCACAGAAGUCAGAGUGAGCUGCAGGCUUGGAGGGAAGACCAGAGACCCAUUCUCCCAGCGGAGCUGGCACUAGGUCAGACAGAGGAGAGAGCGUCUGGGUGUGGAACAAUGGCCAGGUCAGCUGACACCAUUGAGAUGCCGGCUCUGGGCCGCCCUUUCCAGCUGGGGAUGCUGUACGACUGCCGCAGUGACUCCCUCAUCCCAGGCAUCACUUUAUGGGACCUGGAGACACUUCGAAAUGAUGUAGAUGCAAAACCACAAUCCAAGACUGAUUUUCAGAUUAUUGCAUCUGACGCCAUUGAAGACAAGGCAUCUGCUCUCAAUGUCACAGCAUCACUGAAGGCCAGUUUCCUGUUUGGCCUGGUGAAAGUGAGUGGAUCUGCAGAAUAUUUAAGUGAUACCAAGACAUCAAAACAUCAAGCCCGUGUUUCUCUCCAGUACUCAACUACAACACAGUUUAAGCAGCUGACUAUGAGUCAUAUAGGUCGCCAGAAUGUUUCUUACCCUGAUGUGUUUGACCAAGGCACGGCCACCCAUGUGGUCACGGCUGUGCUGUAUGGGGCACAGGCUUUUUUUGUCUUUGAUCAGGAAGUUUCCUCAUCUGAGAACAUACAAGAGAUACAGGGAAACCUCCAGAUUGCAAUUAAAAAGAUCCCCCUGGUUUCCAUCGAAGGGGAAGGUGCUCUCAACAUGGAUGACAAGGAAAAAGAACAAGCUGAAAAAUUUAGUUGUAAGUUUUAUGGUGAUUUUUGUUUUGAGAACAAUCCAGUUACUUACCAAGAUGCCAUGAAAGUUUAUUCCACCCUCCCAAAGUUGCUGGGUGACAACGGGGAGAAGGCUGUACCAGUGAGAGUCUGGCUGUAUCCACUGACCAAGCUGGAUUCCAAAGCUGCUCAGCUGGUGCGUGAGAUCAGCUUAACACUGAUCUUCGAUAUUCAAACCUCCCUGGAGCAACUAACAGAAUUAGACAUGCAAUGUAAUGAUGCAGGGAAGAAUCCAAUCACCACAACGUUCCCCGAAAUCAAGAGGAAAAUCCAACAAUUCAGAGAUCUGUGUAAGCAACACAGACAGACUUUCCAGAAACAGCUGGCAGGACUCUUACCCUCCAUCCGUGGAGGUGGAAAAGAGGAAGGGGCCCUGGUGGACAUUUUAACCUGCAAAAAUCAAUCACCAUUCAAUACCCAGCAACUCAAUGAAUUUCUGGAUAAAAAGGAACGAGAAAUGAAUUUUGUCAAUUCCUAUCUUUCUGCCCUAAAGGAUGUGGAAGUAGUGUCCUCUCAGAAUAAACUGGAUGAAAUAGUACUUGAUCCUGUGAAUGACUUUGUCGUUGCCUUUAUGUUCACUUCGUUACAUGAUGAGGAACCAUAUUUAUCAGAUUUAAAACUCUGCCUUCAGACCCAGUUUAUGAAGAAUACCCAAGAUCCUGCAUCAGCCAGUUCUGUCAGCAAGAAAUCCAAACUGUGGUUUGAGGACAAAGAGAGAAACCAAAAAGCCUGA